AUGGAGAAGUGUAUGAUUAGUUUGUCAAAGAAGAAACGUUUAUGGGUUCAUGACUUGCUCCAAGACAUGGCUGAGGAUAUUAUAUGUGAAGGGAAAGAUGAGAGGCCAUGGAAAUGUUUAAUGCUGUGGGAUUUUGAGGAUAUUAAUCACGUUUUCUCCAAUUUGGGAGAUGAAGCAGUUGAUGUGGAAAGCAUAUUUCUAGACAUGUCUGAAGGAAAUGAACUUAGUAUUACCCCUGGAAUCUUCAAGAAGAUGCCAAAUCUCAAGCUGCUUGAAUUCUACACUAACACCAGCCUUGUAGAGAGCAGAACAAAGAUGUUAGAUGGUCUUGAAUACCUUCCUACGCUACGUUAUCUUCGCUGGGAUGCUUAUCAUCUAAAGUCUUUACCAUCUCAGUUCUGUACUAGUUUCUUAGUUGAACUCAACCUCUCUCACAGCUCAAUAGAGACUGUUUGGAGUGGAAGUGAGCAAGAUCUUGGAAACUUAAGGAGCCUAAACCUCACAAGCUGCAAGAACCUAAACGAGUUUCCAAAUCUUUCACAAGCAACUAAUCUCGAGACUCUUAAACUCUCAAACUGUGAUAACUUGGUGGAGAUCCCUGAGUCCUCUCUUAGACAACUCAACAAACUAGUCCACUUCAAGUUAAGCAACUGCAAGAAUCUAAAGAGGUUUCCAAACAACAUCAACUUGAAAUCUCUCAGGUCUUUACAUCUAAACGGAUGCUCUAGCCUAGAAGAGUUCCCAUUUAUCUCAGAGACCAUCGAGAAGUUGCUUCUCAACGAGACAUCUAUACAACAAGUGCCAAUUUCAAUAGAACGUCUCACUCGUCUCAAAGAUAUACAUCUCACUGGCUGCAAGAGACUAAUGAAUCUCCCAGAGUGCAUCAAGAACUUAAAGUUCCUCAACGAUCUUGGACUCGCAAACUGUCCUAAUGUCACAUCGUUCCCACAAGUUGGAACUAAUAUUAGAUGGUUGAAUCUGAACAAGACAGGUAUACAAGAAGUGCCUUUGACGAUUGGGGACAAGUCAGAGCUUCGUUACUUAAACAUGUCUGGAUGUGACAAGCUUGUAAAUCUUCCUCCAACGUUGAAGAAACUAGGACAGCUUAAGUACUUGUAUCUUCGUGGUUGCAUUAAUGUCACCGAGUCUCCUAACCUCGCUGUUGGAAACACAAUGAAGACUUUGGAUUUACAUGGAACAUCAAUAAUUGACUCCAAGGGAGAAGAGCCUCCUCAGUGUGAAGUACCUGUUAUAAGACGGUUCUUUUUGAAGAACGUUCGUGAACACAUCAAGAGACGCAAAUCCAACAGAUGA